AUGGAUUUCCUUGAAUUUGAUAGCUUUACACCCCAUGAUACCAAUGUCAGUCUUCCUCAACCACAGCCAGCUUUAUCUAUUCCUAUAGCUACCAACUUGGAAAGCUUUAGUAAAAAGUUUUCAAAUUUUUCAUUAUCAAGAAACCUUUCCAGCUUCUCCCAACAGACAACAACCAAUAAUGAAAGCGGUAUUGAGAACAGUGGAAAUGGAGAUAAAGAUUUCAAAGAUAUGAAAGUGCAGGAGAGCAAGGUGUUUGAGAAAUACGUAAAACAGUCAUUGUUGUUUCUUGAGAAAGAUGACAAGUCUACACUGGAAAGGCUGGAUAUUUUAGUAAACCGUCAAGACCAUUUUGAGUCUUUGGGUCCACGACUUGCAAGGGUACUCAAUGACUCUAUGAGCGAAUCUAUGAUGAAAGAAAUGUUUAGUGAUAUUGAAAACAAGAAAACUGCAUUGGCAAAUUCUGGUUCAAAUUCAAAACUAUAUGAGGAGAACCAGGUUAAAAAUUUGGUGGAGCCAGGUUUUGUAGGUGCAAUGACGAGAAAGAAACUUAGAAGUCAAGUUGAGUUCUCGUUAACCAAAACUCAAACCAAGAUGCUCAAAGAGUACCAGCCUAUAUUGCGACACCUCAAAGUAAUAGAAUCGCGGUUGAAGAAAUUAAAUGACUUGAAUGACGAAAUAAAUACACGUUUAAACAAAACCGCAAAUGGCUCGACUCAAUUUACGGAAAAAGUAGGACUUAUGAGCUCUGAAAGAACUGCUGUUGAGAUCAAGCAGGGUUUAUUAACCGCAUUCAAAUCACAAUUUACAUUAAAUGAAUAUGAGGAGUUUAUUUUAGCUUCUGGUGAUUUGAACCACGACUUCUUUGAGGCACUAGCCAAAGCAGAACAGAUUGUUGAAAGAUGCUCAAUCUUGCUUUCCGAAGACAACCCACAAUUGGGUUUGAAGAUUAUGUCCAAGAUGAACAACGUUAUCAAUAAGGCAAUAGAUAGGAUUGUCACCUACUGCAACAAAACAUUGGACAACACUUAUUCCCUCAGCUCCAAGGCUAGAUUACAGACACUUCACGAAUGCUUUAAAUUCCUCAAAAACAAAUUAAAUUUCUUAUCGUCAAUUGUCGAUAAAUUUAGUGCCUCGAGAUCGAAAGCUGUGCUCGAGGAAUUCUAUAAGCAGACGCAAGCGUCGCAAGAAGGAAUGGGUAUUGGUGUUGGUGUUGGUGCUGGUGUUAAUAGUGGCGUUGGUUCCAACGCUGGUGAGCUCGUGAGACCUUUAUCAUCUCGCAGGCGAUCUAGUGCUAAAUCUGCAGCUUCAAUAACAGGCUCUGAAACCGUUAGGCCUGUUUACAUGUCUGCGCAUGAUCCUAUUCGAUAUGUAGGAGAUUUUCUCGCUUAUGUUCAUUCUUUGGCAGUGAAUGAGUCGGAAACAAUUAAAAAUAUAUUCACAAUGGGAGAUGAUAAUGAUCGAGAAUUUGACAAUAUAAUCUACCAAAUCAGAAAUAAAGUACUUCAAAGUUUGGCGCGUCCAAUAAAGUCUAGAAUCGAGCAACUCAUAUUUUCAGAAACAAAAUUGUCAAUAAUAUUUCAGAUCUUCAACCUCGUAGAGUUGUACUCCGUGAUGUUUGCGAAGCAGUUGCACGAUUCUGAAGAUUUGGUAGAAACUAUGCUUGUGUUGGUGAAAAGUUGUCAGGAUAAGAUAUUUUCAACCAUUUCUGGAAAAUUGGCAUCUAUAAGGGCAAGCAACCAAGCAAAGCUUGAACUCAAUUCAGAUCUUCAACCACCAGAAUGGAUUAUUGAUUUUUACAGUGAAAUCUUGUACGUCAUUGAUCAAGUUACCACGAAGACGGUGUUGAAUUUACCACCCGAGGAAAAUGAAAGAUUCCUAAAGCUUAUUGUUAAUGAGCCAAUCAGUAUUUUCAAAGAUCAUGUUCAGCACAGCCAACUUCUCUUGCAUGACAAGAGAGACACUCUCAUAAUCCAGUUUAAUUUCUUGGAUUUAGUGCAAUCUAAAAUAAUGCCAAUUUCAAUAUUAUCUGAUAAAGUACUAGAAAUCAACGACAUGAACUUGGAGUUGACGAAACAAUUGACUGAAUUGGAACUCACACAAAUAUUAAAGGGAAGCCAGUUGUACGAUUACUAUAAUAUCAUCAAUAUGAUUUGUCCAUUCACCGAUGAUUUUUUCGAAGUAUCAAUUUAUGAGCCAAUUAUCGAAAACAAGCUUUACAAUUUGGAGCAGUUGCAUAAAGCAGAUUCUGCAUUACAAGAGUUUCUUCCCAAUGCAAUGAUUGAGAUUCAACAAUCUUUAUUAAAAUUGAACUCGCCAGUUACAGUCAGUGAUGUUAUCGAUAAUGCAUUUAUUGAAUUCAUCAAAUUUUACCAAAAACUAAAUACAAUAAAUAAAGAGUACCUUCAGUAUUCAUUCACGUGGUCCACUUAUGAUAUAGCGACUUUGCUCGGUAUUGAAGAAUCGAGAUAUCAAGAUCAAGAACAAAACUAA